AUGGGAAAAGUUGGCGGAGGCAGCGGCGGCGGCGGCUGCCCAACCCGGCUCUGCGCGCUCCUCGCUCGCACCGGGAUCUUGCUUCUUUGCGCCCGGGGCGCCUGUGGCGGGGGCGGGGGCGGCUCCUGUUGCCCCCCACCGUGCCCCGGAUCGGCCCAGCGCUGGACACCAGCCCGAGCUGGGACACCCCCUCUGGGGCCCCAAGAGAAGCCGGGUAGAGCGCCCGCGGCUCCCAUGCCAUUCCCCCGCCGCCCGGUGUUUACAGUGGCCCCCGGGGACAGGGCUCUUUCCCUCGAGAGGGGCCCAGGCGACGACAGCGGGACCGGAGGACUUCGCUCCAUCCGGAGGAGACGGAGUGAGGUGGAAAAAGAAAAGGAAGACAACGGUGAGGGCAGGCGCCCACGGGGGCCACCGGGGGACGGAGGGCAGCGGGAGCCUGGCAAAGCCACCCGGUUCCGGCUAGAGGAGCUGAGACUGACAAGUACCACGUUUGCGCUGACCGGGGACUCAGCACACAACCAAGCCAUGGUCCACUGGUCAGGUCACAACAGCAGUGUGAUUCUAAUUUUGACGAAGCUCUACGACUAUAACCUAGGGAGCAUCACUGAGAGCUCACUUUGGAGGUCAACAGAUUAUGGGACAACCUACGAGAAAUUGAAUGAUAAAGUUGGUCUGAAGACAAUUUUGAGCUAUCUUUAUGUCUGCCCUACCAAUAAACGCAAGAUCAUGCUACUCACAGACCCGGAGAUUGAGAGCAGUUUAUUGAUCAGUUCUGAUGAAGGGGCAACCUAUCAAAAGUAUCGGCUGAACUUUUACAUCCAAAGCCUACUUUUCCAUCCCAAGCAAGAGGACUGGAUCCUGGCAUAUAGUCAAGACCAAAAGUUAUACAGCUCUGCAGAAUUUGGGAGAAGAUGGCAACUUCUCCAGGAAGGAGUCGUCCCAAACAGAUUCUACUGGUCAGUGAUGAGGUCAAACAGGGAGCCAGACCUUGUGCAUCUGGAGGCCAGGACAAUGGAUGGUCAUUCACAAUACUUAACCUGUCGGAUGCAGAACUGCACAGAAGGCAACCGAAAUAAACCUUUCCCUGGCUAUAUUGAUCCCGAUUCUCUGAUUGUUCAGGAUGAUUACGUUUUUGUUCAGUUGACCUCAGGAGGACGACCACAUUACUACGUGUCUUACCGUAGGAAUGCAUUUGCACAGAUGAAGCUACCUAAGUAUGCCCUGCCUAAGGAUAUGCAUGUCAUCAGCACGGAUGAGAAUCAAGUGUUUGCAGCAGUCCAGGAAUGGAACCAAAACGACACCUACAAUCUUUACAUCUCAGACACACGCGGAGUCUACUUCACUCUGGCUCUGGAGAAUGUCCAGAGUAGCCGAGGGCCUGAGGGUAACGUCAUGAUUGACCUCUAUGAGGUAGCAGGGAUAAAGGGAAUGUUCUUGGCUAACAAGAAGAUUGACAACCAAGUGAAGACUUUCAUCACAUACAACAAAGGCAGAGACUGGCGGUUGCUGCAGGCUCCUGACACUGAUCUGAGAGGGGACCCUGUACAUUGCCUACUGCCAUACUGUUCCCUGCAUCUUCACUUAAAGGUCUCUGACAACCCAUACACCUCCGGAAACAUUGCCAGCCGUGACACAGCUCCCAGCAUCAUAGUAGCUUCUGGUAACAUUGGAUCUGAGCUCUCUGACAAUGAUAUCAGCAUGUUUGUAUCUUCAGAUGCCGGGAACACCUGGAGGCAGAUCUUUGAAGAAGAGCAUAGUGUUCUGUACCUGGAUCAAGGUGGGGUCUUGGUUGCUAUGAAACACACAUCUCUGCCGAUCCGACAUCUCUGGUUAAGUUUUGAUGAAGGGAGAUCGUGGAGUAAAUACAGUUUCACUUCCAUCCCUCUUUUUGUGGAUGGAGUCCUGGGUGAGCCUGGAGAAGAGACCCUGAUCAUGACAGUGUUUGGACACUUCAGCCAUCGUUCUGAAUGGCAGCUGGUCAAAGUAGACUACAAGUCUAUAUUUGAUAGGCGGUGUGCUGAGGAAGACUACAGACCAUGGCAACUGCACAGCCAGGGAGAGGCAUGCAUUAUGGGAGCCAAGAGGAUAUAUAAAAAGCGUAAAUCAGAGAAGAAAUGCAUGCAGGGAAAAUAUGCAGGAGCCAUGGCUUCUGAACCAUGUGUCUGUACAGAGGCUGAUUUUGAUUGUGACUAUGGCUAUGAGCGGCACAGCAAUGGCCAGUGCCUGCCAGCAUUUUGGUUCAAUCCAUCCUCCCUAUCAAAGGAUUGCAGCCUGGGACAGAGUUACCUCAACAGUACUGGGUACCGAAAGGUGGUUUCCAACAACUGCACGGAUGGAGUGAGAGAGCAGUAUACUGCUAAACCCCAGCAGUGUCCUGGCAAGGCCCCCCGAGGCCUCCGCAUCAUCACGUCUGAUGGGAAACUGACUGCAGAACAAGGACACAAUGUCACCCUCAUGGUACAACUGGAAGAGGGUGACCUGCAAAGGACACUCAUCCAGGUGGACUUUGGCGAUGGCAUUGCUGUGUCUUAUGUCAACCUCAGCUCCACUGAGGAUGGGAUCAAACACGUCUACCAGAAUGUGGGCAUUUUCCGAGUGACUGUGCAGGUGGACAACAGUCUGGGGUCUGACAGCGCCGUCCUGUACUUACAUGUAACUUGUCCCUUGGAGCAUGUACACUUGUCACUUCCCUUUGUCACCACCAAGAACAAAGAGGUAAAUGCAACAGCCGUGCUGUGGCCCAGCCAAGUGGGGACCCUGACUUAUGUGUGGUGGCAUGGGAACAACACAGAGCCACUGAUCACCCUGGAGGGAAGCAAAUCAUUUAAGUUUACUUCGGAAGGAAUGAAUACCAUAACAGUACAGGUCUCAGCCGGGAGUGCGAUUCUUCAGGACACAAAAACCAUCGCAGUGUAUGAGGAAUUCCAGUCUCUCCGCCUGUCCUUCUCUCCAAACCUGGACGAUUACAAUCCAGACAUCCCAGAGUGGAGACGAGACAUCAGCCGAGUCAUCAAAAGAGCCCUAGUUGAAGCCACAGGUGUUUCAAGCCAACACAUAUUGGUGGCAGUGCUUCCAGGCUUACCCACAGCUGCUGAACUCUUUGUCCUGCCCUAUCAAGAUGCUACAGGAGAAAACAAAAGGUCAUCAGAGGACCUGGAGCAGAUAUCAGAACUGAUGAUUCACAAACUGAACCAAAACUCCAUCCACUUUGAGCUAAAACCUGGAAUCCGUGUUCUUGUCCAUGCUGCCCACUUAACAGCAGCACCCCUUGUGGACCUCACCCCGAGUCACAGUGGGUCAGCAAUGCUGAUGCUACUCUCUGUGGUCUUUGUGGGGCUGGCCGUCUUCGUCAUCUACAAGUUCAAAAGGAGAGUAGCUUUACCCUCCCCUCCCUCCCCUUCUGCUCAACCUGGUGAAUCAUCUCUCCGAUUGAAAAGAGCAAGACAUGCCACUCCACCUUCUACGCCAAAGCGGGGACCUUCCGGGGCACACUUUACAAUUUAAAGAAAAAACCCCAAAGGCGGAGACCUGCUGAUCGGGAAAGAAUUUCGCUCUUGUCGAGUGCAUCAUCGUUUCCUGUCCACUAACUCUAUUUUUUUCCCCUUUGUUGUUCUGUUUCCUAUUUUGCCAGGAAGUAUUUCCAUAGUUGCUGAGAAUCAAAGCACAAAAGAAAUCCCUACCUAUGUAAAUGUUUGAAUGGAGGACGCC